GGUGGACUUGCCCAUCGCUUAUCUCCGCCCUCUAGGGGGCGGGGACGAUAACAUUCCAACUUCCGGUUCCGGCAGUACGGGGACCCGAGUCGAGAUGGAAGAUGCGACCGGAGACCGGCAGCCGUCGGUUACGGAGGGUAGGGGGGUGCUGAGGCCUAGCGGUCCGGGCUUGGAGUUCGCCUCAGACGCGGCGGAACCGCCCGGAUCUGAGAAGGUCUUCAGGUACAAUGGAGGACAAACGCAACAUCCAGAUCAUCGAGUGGGAACACCUGGACAAGAAGAAGUUCUAUGUGUUAGGUGUGGCAAUGACCAUGAUGAUCCGUGUCAGUGUCUACCCAUUCACUCUCAUCCGCACCCGGCUGCAGGUUCAGAAGGGCAAGAGUCUGUACCAUGGGACCUUUGAUGCCUUCAUCAAGAUCCUGCGGGCAGAUGGUGUCACUGGCCUCUACCGGGGGUUCCUGGUCAACACCUUCACCCUCAUCUCUGGCCAGUGCUAUGUCACAACUUAUGAGCUUACUCGGAAGUUUGUGGCUGACUACAGCCAGAGCAACACAGUCAAAUCACUGGUAGCUGGUGGCUCAGCCUCCCUGGUGGCCCAGAGCAUCACAGUGCCAAUUGAUGUAGUCUCCCAGCACCUGAUGAUGCAGCGCAAGGGUGAUAAAAUGGGUCGCUUCCAGGUACGGGGCAGCCUAGAGGGACGAGGGGUGAUUGCCUUUGGCCAAACCAAGGACAUCAUCAGGCAGAUUCUGCAGGCUGAUGGGGUUCGAGGCUUCUACCGAGGCUACGUGGCUUCACUGCUUACCUAUAUCCCAAACAGUGCUGUUUGGUGGCCCUUCUAUCACUUCUAUGCAGAGCAGCUCUCGUACAUCUGUCCUAAGGAGUGCCCUCACAUUGUCUUUCAAGCUGUCUCGGGGCCCUUGGCUGCAGCCACUGCCUCCAUCCUCACCAAUCCCAUGGAUGUCAUCCGAACCCGCGUACAGGUUGAGGGCAAGAAUUCCAUCAUCCUGACCUUCAGGCAGCUGAUGACAGAGGAGGGACCUUGGGGCCUCAUGAAGGGCCUCUCAGCCAGAAUCAUCUCAGCCACACCCUCCACCAUCGUCAUUGUGGUGGGCUACGAGAGCCUCAAGAAGCUCAGCCUCCGACCUGAGCUGAUGGACUCAAGACACUGCUACCAGAGAUUCACGGACUGUUACAAGCGCUUCUAUCAGCUGCAGCCAGAGGUGACCCAGCGAAUCUAUGACAAGUUUAUAACGCAGCUGCAGACAUCUAUCCGGGAUGAAAUCUCAGAAAUCAAAGAGGAGGGGAACCUGGAAGCUGUCUUGAAUGCCUUGGAUAAAAUUGUGGAAGAAGGCAAAGAACGCAAGGAGCCAGCUUGGCGCCCUAGUGGGAUUCCCAAGGAGGACCUGCGUAGCACCAUGGUGCCCUACUUCCUGCAGCAACGGGACACGCUGCAGCGCCGGGUGCAGAAGCAGGAGGCCGAGAACAGGCGCCUGGGGGACGCUGUCCUGGCCGGGCGCAGGCAGGUGGAGGAGCUGCAGCAGCAGGUCCAGGCCCAGCAGCAGGCCUGGCAGGCUCUACACAGAGAACAGAGGGAGCUGGCAGCCACGCUGAGGGAGUGAGGCGGGGCCAUCUGGCCCAGGACAGAGGGCAGUCAAGGUCGAGGGCCUGUGGCCCAGCUGCUCUUGAGAGCAGCUGAAACGGUGCCCAGUCCUUCAGCAGUAUGGAAUUUGCUGGAGGACGGAGCCAGAGCAGGCCCCACUGCCACUGUGCCUUUGAGGCUCUCUUGGGGUCCUGCACAUGCCACCGUUAGUCUUCCUGCUUGUCUUCUAACUUGAGGACUCUUGGCCAGCUCCCACCCUGGGGAUCAGGCACCAUGCUUUCUCUCCUCUACGUUCAGGCUAGCACAGCCACCCCCCACCCACCCACCCCACUGCCUGAGCUCUCCCAGGGACCUGGUUUAGGGAAUCUGUUUCCAAUCUUCACUGAUUGCCCCCUUGCCGGCCAGCACAAGGGCCCUUACGAUGUUCUCCCCACAACCAUAAAUAAACUUCCUCCACUGCACUGUAA